AUGAGGACCGAAGCCAUCCUCGCAGCACUCGUGCUCGCGGCCUCCGCCUUCGCCAUCCCCGAUGCCGAGCCCAAGUAUCACCGCAAGGGCAAGAUUGGCUUCUGCUCCGUCCCCGGCAUGUUCUGCAUCACCAAGCGUGGCGAGCCGUCCAACGAAGAAGUCGCAGCGUGUGGCGGUCCCGGCCGCCCUUGCAACAGCAUCAAGCACGCCGCUCACGGCAUCGCUGACGUUCUAGACUCUGCGGAGCGCUUCGGCGACGACGAGCCCAGCUGGUGCCACGCCGAGGGCGCGCCUUGCCACAAGGCCAGCAAGCAUAUCGGCGCCAUUGCCGAGAAGGCUCGCGAGCACUACUCGCACGUCUAUGCGCGCGAGGCGGAUGCCGUCGCCGAAGCGGACCCCAAGUACAAGCGCAAGGGCAAGAUGGGCUUCUGCUCCGUGCCGGGCAUGUUCUGCAUCACCAAGCGCGAUGCGGAGGCGAAGAACUACAUCGGCUGUGGAAAGGGCCAGUUCUGCGCGACAGGCGACAUCGAGCACGACCGCGAGGCGUACGCCGCCCACCGCGGCCGUGUCGGUCACGCCGGCGAGCCAGGCACCCCAUGGCUCGUGGCGCGUGACGCGGAGCCCAAGUACCACCGCAAGGGCAAGAUCGGCUUCUGCUCGGUGCCAGGCAUGUUCUGCAUCACGAAGCGCGACGCUGAGGCGGAGGCCAACCCGCGCUUCGAGGGUGUCUGCGGCCGCGACGCCCACUGUGCCAUCGGCCCCGAGGCCAUUGAGAAGGUCCGCGAACACCCGCACCUGAAGUCGCAGCUCAAGGGCUGCGGGCCGGAGGGUACCCCCUGCCUCGUGCUCCACAAGGACCACGACGUCAAGAACAUCUACUCCCGCGACGCCGAGGCGGACCCCAAGUACCACCGCAAGGGCAAGAUCGGCUUCUGCAGCGUUCCAGGCAUGUUCUGCAUCACCAAGCGCUCCGCCGAGGCCACCUCCACCUUCUGCCCACCGGGCGUACCCUGCAUCUCCGGCAAGGACGCGCAAACCGUCGCCUCCAUCAUCAAAGCCAACGACCCGGACUACCUCCGCAAGAAAUGCAACGAGCCCGGCAACGAGUGCCACACGCUCAAGCAGCUGCAACAGGUCUUCAAGCGCAUCAAGAACGACGUCCAGCUCGGCGAGAAGCAGAAGGAGGAGAGCGGGGACGAGCACCUGACGCGCUGCACAAAGGGCGAUGCCAAGUGCUCGGUGCUUUCGCUGAAGCAUGCGCAUGACAAGCACCACGGCAUCGCGGCGGCGGUCAAGAGCGAGGAGGACUGCCAUAGUGGGAACGGGUACUGUGGCGCUAUCAGGAGGGAUUUGGAGGAGUUGGAGGUGAUGGUUGAGCGGGCUGUGGCGGAGGUUGAGGAGUAG